CCUGUUCAGUACAGGUGGCUGCUUUGAAGACAAGCUGGGUCUGCGCAGCCUUCACUAACGUCACCGUAGCACCUUGCAGUGUGUCUGGUGCCUGUUGCCGUGCACUGGUAGUCCGGGAUAUUGACAGGUUGGAAGGAAGAAAGACGGACUUUCCCAGACGAGGCAGUCAGUUUGACGCCUUUAGGCGCUUCUUUGGUGCGGCGGCGAGUUUUUGGAAGUGAGCAGGAUCCGAGGCACUCUGCGUCGGACUGCAGGCAUAGACCAACCUCGGCAAACUUCCUAUGUGAAUUGUCAGUGUCCGAGGGAGGUUGCUAAGGGUAACUAACCAUGAAUUCGACAAACGUUGAGGAGGUGAACCGGCUCACUGAGAGCACUUACAAGAAUGUUAUGGAACAGUUUAAUCCUGGCUUACGGAAUCUUGUAACUCUAGGCCGAAAUUAUGAAAAGGCAGUUACCGCUAUGGUGUUAGCCGGUAAAGCAUAUUAUGAUGCUGUAGCAAAAAUUGGAGAACUUGCUCUUGCAUCUCUGGUGUCUAAAGAAUUAGGUUUUGUUCUAAUUGAAAUCUCUGAUGCGCAUAAAAGGCUGAAUCAUGAUCUGGAUGAAAGUUUCAAAAAGUUUCACAAAGAAAUAGUAGCUGAACUGGAAAGGAAAACAGACCUAGAUGUGAAAUACAUGACUGCAACCUUAAAGAAAUAUCAGAUUGAGCACCGAAGUAAACUUGACUCAUUGGAGAAGUCUCAGACAGAAUUGAAAAAGCUAAGGAGGAAAAGUCAAGGUUCAAAGAAUGCAACAAAAUACGAAAACAAAGAACAUGAGUAUUUGGAGUCUAUCAAUUCUCGUCAGACUGAUAUUCAGAAGUUUAUUGCUGAAGGUUGUAAGGAAGCUCUUUUGGAAGAAAAGCGACGAUUUUGUUUUCUAGUGGAUAAGCACUGUAACUUUUCAAGUCAUAUGAGUGGCUAUCAUGAAAAGGCCAAAGACUUUCUGACCUCCAAAUUGUGUAACUGGCAAGAAAUGUGCGGUGAUGCCACAAAGGUACCAGAGACUAUAACUACUAUGAUAGAAAAAGUAAAAACACCAAGUUCUACUCCCCUUUCGGUCACACCACAACCUUCUCCAGUGGUCGAUAGAAGGGUAAGCAACACAAGUGAUUCUAUUCUUCCAAGCAGACCACCCCCAGCUCCUUCUUCAAGAGCUACUAUCAGUCCAUUAGUUCAUAUGUUUACUGUUCCACCUGAAUCACAGAAGAGAGCAGAAAAUACUCAGAACAGCCUGCCACAUAAUCAAAGUUUUGGAAAACUACAGAACUCUGUUUCAGUUGCUACUGGAUUAAAUAUGAUGGGCCAGUCCAAGGUGAAGACCAUCUUUCCACAUACAGCAGGGAACAACAAAACACUGAUGAGCUUUGAUGAGGGAGAUAUAAUUACACUUCUAAUACCAGAAGAAAAAGAUGGCUGGUUGUAUGGAGAACAUGAUAACACAAAGGUGAGAGGUUGGUUCCCAUCAUCCUAUUGUAAACAAUUUCUACAGAAAGAACACGACCAGAAUAACAGACAAAGCCUUGUAUCACCUCGUAGUGUCAGCACACUGAAUCUGUCUGACAACAAUGGAGUUUACCUUCCUCCUCCAGAUUACCUGGAUUCAUCGUUAGACAGUGAAGCUACCACAGAUAGCAUGGAUGAAGGAAUGUAUCCUUCACGAAGUGCUGCACACGGACCGCUACCACCUAAGCCAAAUAAUGCAGCAGCAGCUGUACCUCAAGUAAAUGGUAUAAUGAAGCCACCAUUUUUAGGGGGCAGUAAUCCUUUUGCCAGUGUUAAACUAAGACCUACAGUAACAAAUGACAGAUCAGCACCUAUGAUAUGAAAAAAAAAAACAUUCUGGAGGUGAAAUUCAGCACAUCAAAUCCAUAUGUUAGUAAAUGCAACAAAACUAGCAUUAUACUGGUCUUGUUACCAUUCCUCUCUGCAAGCAUCUCCUAAACAAAAUAUUCUUACUGAAAAUAAAUGUACAGUAAAAGCAUAAUAAAGGAACAAUGCAGAUCUUUGUCUGCAAUCUUUCAUUGCCUUAUGAAUGAAUGAAAUAGUAUGAAGGCAAUAAGUUCUGAGAGUAUUUUGGUAUAGUUUGUAUGAUUUUUUUUUUCCAGAUUCACAGUAGAACUGCAUAAGAUAGCAUCUAUAAUACAAGUGUAAGCUUGUUAUUUAGCACAGCUUAAUUUAACUUUUAAUUGUUUUAAAACUCAUUUUUUUCAUAUGAUUUCAUUAUAGAAAUAUGUUGCUUUUGCAGCUGCUAUGUGCAGACUCUUUCAGUCUGUCCAGCUACUAUUUUAAAGUAAUGCUAUCUUAAUGAUGCUCUGUGACUGUUUACAAAAAAUAAUAUUUUAAUUUGUUUAGUAAAACUAAGCAAAUGGUUCUUGAAAAGUUAUGCAGAAAGGAAGGCAGCAGUACAUGAACCUGUUGAACAUUUUGAGCAAACAUUUUGGUUUUAGACUACCAGUUAGGUUCACAGAUGUAAUUUACUUCUGUGAGGUAAAGUAAUCUUUUCUUGUGUAGUUUAGACCAACUUUACGUCUGUAGAAGCUUCUGCAUGAGAAGAGUCCUGAUUGGUAAUUCCUGCUACAAAUUAACACAACACCAAAAAUAAAAUUACAUAACACGGCAAAAUGUUCAGUAGAUCAUGGAUUGGUGCUCUUUCAGUGCAUGUCCUUGUACUUAGCUAAUUUUGGCAGUAAUAAUAUGCAUAAUUCCUGCAUAAAUGUGCUGAUUGUAAUCCAUAAGGAUUCUUCAUUUCUCCACUAAGUUCAACACAAAUGUGUACUUGACUGUAGUACAAAAUUGUAAUUUAAAGCCCGUGUUUCAGCAUGAAAAAGCAGUUAUUUUAAUUUUGCAUCUAUUAGUACAAAUACUAUCUUUUUUAUCACAGUAAGCAUUAUCACUCAGAAAAAAGUGUUUAUCUCUAUUUUCUUUAGAAUCAGACUUUUUACUGCUGAUAAACUUUAUCAUAAAUAUGUUGUUCCACAGCCUGAUGCAAAAAAACUUCUUAGACUAAAGUUUGCCAUUUAGUAGAUUUUUUUCUUCAGAACAGAAUUAAAUGUUUAAGUCAUCAUUCUGUACUACAACAGAGUGUAAAGUAGGCAACAGAUGCGUAGUACCUUUCAUGGGUACUGUCCAGGGGAUUACUGCACUGCUGUUUUAAUGCUGAGUAGGACCGUGUGGUUUUUGCUUGGAGGUAAAAUGAAAAGAGAGUGAGGAAGGACAGAUCUGGAUUUCAGAACACUCAAUCAUCUUUACAAAAAUUCAUGUUGCACCACUGGCCCUCUGUGCAUUUCUAGUAUGAAGUCACAAUGCUGCACAGGCUGUUACUACAAACGGGAAUUAAUUUAUAGCAGAGCACAAGGCACAGGGCCAUAUGAAGCCUGACAGGAAGAAACUGUUAAUAGUGAUGGUACCUCCAGUAAGAAUGAAGGAGAAUUCCAUAAAGUUCCAUUUAAGGUGCAGUUGCUUUAACUAAGUUGACUUGAAGCUAAAAAUCAAAACAUCCCCUUAAAUUUUCUUAUCUUCAAAGAAGGUUGUACUGUAAAUUGUGUCUUUAAUGUUCUGUUUUAUAAAAAGCAAAAGUUCUUCCACUUAUUUAAAAAUAAAUUUAUAGUAUGAACAGUGCGUUACACUAUUAUAAGCUUAUAUGAAUAAAAUAUGCAUACAAGACUGUCCAAAUAUUAUGUAUCGAGUUUUGUAACAAAUGAUGAACUGAAGAGUGCAAUAAACUAUGAAUACGUUAGGUACGUUCCAUUUGUUCAUAAUAAAAGAAAACCAUUUGUGCUAUA